AUGGUCAAGCGCGAGGACAACCCCACGCCCAGCCCAACUCCAGGCAAGAAGCGCAAGAUCGGCCCCAAGUCCACGCCGACCAAGGCUCCGUCGGCUCUGGCUAAAGGCCGCGCCAUCCUCGCGGAGGAGAUCGUUACUCUUGGUAUUGCUGCGGCGCAGGCGAAUGCGGCGUCGCUUGUUCAGAAGACGGGCCUUACUCCUGGCCAGAUCAAGAACCAGCUCGCGCCCCUUCGCUCCAACGUCCGCAAGGCGCUUCUCGAGGCUGCCAAGACCACGUGA